AUGACCGAUAAGCCAGCUGAACUCAGAUUAUGGGGUGGUAGAUUCACCGGUGCUUCGGACCCCCUCAUGGAUCUUUACAAUGCUUCGCUGCCAUACGACCAGAAGAUGUAUGCCGCAGACUUGGAAGGAACAAGGGUCUUUUGCCAGGGACUGCAGAAGAUUAACCUGCUUACCGAGCACGAGUUGAGCGAAGUCGAUCGUGGUCUGACUGUCAUCGAGAAGGAGUGGGCUUCCGGUACUUUUGUUGCUCAAGCCAAUGACGAGGACAUCCACACUGCCAACGAGAGAAGACUCGGUGAGAUUAUCGGUAGAGACAUUGCCGGUAAGGUCCACACUGGUAGAUCCAGAAAUGACCAGGUGGCCACCGAUAUGAGAAUUUACGUUCGGGAGGCCUUGAAGGACUUGCAAGACAUCCUGGGAAAGUUCAUCAGCGUAAUCGUUACCAGGGCCCAGGAAGAGAUAGAUGUUUUGAUGCCAGGUUACACCCACUUGCAGAAGGCUCAACCAAUUAGAUGGUCUCAUUGGCUCAGCAUGUACGCCACGUACUUUACCGAAGAUUACAAGAGAUUGACCCAGAUCAUUGAAAGAGUCAACCAAUCUCCUCUUGGUGCUGGUGCUUUGGCCGGCCAUCCUUACGGUAUUGACCGUGAGUUUUUGGCUCAAGGUCUCGGUUUCAGCGGUGUCAUUGGAAACAGUUUGACUGCUGUUUCUGACCGUGACUUUGUCGUGGAGACUUUGUUCUGGUCCAGUUUGUUCAUGAACCACAUCUCCAGAUUCUCCGAGGACUUGAUCAUCUACUCCACUGGUGAGUUUGGAUUCAUCCAGUUGGCAGAUGCCUACUCCACCGGUUCUUCUCUAAUGCCACAGAAGAAGAACCCAGACUCUUUGGAGUUGCUCAGAGGAAAAUCAGGCAGAGUUUUUGGUAACUUUGCUGGCUUCAUGAUGUCUUUGAAAUCCAUUCCAUCCACAUACAAUAAGGACAUGCAAGAGGACAAGGAGCCAUUGUUUGAUGGUCUCACCACUGUCGAACACUCCAUCUUGAUUGCUACUGGUGUUAUUUCCACUUUGAACAUCAACAAGAAGAAGAUGUUCGAUGCACUUACAAUGGAUAUGUUGGCCACAGACGUUGCUGACUACCUAGUUAGAAAGGGUGUUCCCUUCAGAGAGUGUCACCACAUCUCGGGUGAGUGUGUUAGAACCGCCGAGGAAACCAACGUUGCUCUUAACGAGCUGACCCUUGAACAAUUUAAGAACAUUGACUCCAGAUUCGGCGACGAUAUCCACGAGACCUUUGAUUUUGAGAUGAGUGUGGAGAGAAGAACUUGUACUGGUGGUACUGCCAAGUCGGCUGUUCUAGCGCAAUUGGAAAACUUGAAGAAGCAACUGAAUUAG